AUGGCGGAAGAAAAAGAGUCCGUCCCCAGCACCCCAACCAGCGGGAGAGGCUUCGAGAUUCCAGACCACCACCUUUCCAAAGUAGUCCCACCACGGCAGGCUCCGUCGAUGGGCUCGCGAGUAUGGAGCCACCUAAACGACAACAUCCGAUCCUCCAUCCUCGUCGAGAUCGAACUCCUCAUCCUCACCUUUUGCGUCGGCUUACAAGACGCCAUAUCCUUCCCCGACUUCCACUGCUUCGCCUCCAACCAAACAGGCAACACCGUCUUCCUCGUCCUAGCCAUCGUCCUCCCCGAAGCCGACGGCGACAUGUUCUACACCGCCAACAUCGGCAUCGCCCUCGGGUUUUUCGUCGCAUCUGCCUGGCUAACCGGCCAACUCGGCCACCUAGUCGGCCCCCGCCGGCGCGGCUGGCUGAUCCUGUGUAAUCUGUUCCAGACCGCCCUGGUGUUGGCGGCGGCCGCGCUGCAGUAUAUGAAUCAGUCGGAGCUGGAGGCUGAGGCCGCAGUAGACGGCGCCCGCGCCCCCAUGACAUUAUACGCGAUCGGGCUCCUAGCCACAGCAGCCGGCAGCCAAGUGGUACAAGCGCGAUCGCUUCGGGUGACAGAGAUCACGACGGCGAUGGCGACAGCGGCGUGGGUGGAUCUGAUGAUUGAUCCGGACUUUUUUGGGUUGCGGAACCGGGGGCGGAAUAGAAGGGCGGCGUUUUUGGCGGCGUUGGUGUUGGGGACGCUGGCGGGGGCGUUUGUGUUUAAGACGGUUGGGUCGCCGGCUGCGUUGUUGGUGUCGGGGGCCGGGAAGUUGGUGGUGGUGGGGAUGUAUUUUUUUAAUCCGGCGGAGAGGGAGGAGGGGGAGAAGGAGAGUGGGAAGAGUGCGGUGUGA